AUGCCUUCAUUGGAAUCUCUUGAUAAAAUUAUCGAGUCUGCAAAGAAGUGGGAUGCAUUCUGUAAACGGUUCUUAAUAGAACCAACUGCACCAGAUUUUUACUUCUCUCAAAAAAGAGAUUACUUGAAAGUGAAAAUCCAACCAUCCUUUGUGAGGGAAGGCAGAGCAAUGAAAUGGGAUUAUAAGGAAAAAGUGCUAGUAAAUGCCCUCGGAGCAAAAAAUCAGAAAUGUAUGCCUAAUUCUUACUUUCCUUGGUCUGUUUGUGAUGUUGCUACUGUUAUAAUUAGAGAAUUGAUCAGCGGAUGUGUCUUUCAAAUGGUUCAGUCUCAUGUCAAUAAUGUCAAGUCUGGAUUAAAAAACAUUAUCAGGGUCUUCAUAGCAACAACUUAUGAUAACCAUAAAAACAUUGUACACUUGACGUUUGAAAUGGUUGAGAAGAUAGUGCAAGAUUAUUUAUGGUUGUAUAUAGAAGAAUUAGCUAAAAUAGAUAUGGGAUCAGUUGCAUACGAAAUUCUCAUUACGCUUCUAGUAACAAUUGAUGUCAGUAGUAGGGCAUUAACCAAAAACAUAUUCAUCACGCUUCUAGUAACACCAUUUACCCCUUAUUUUGGAUAUGUUGAAGCAGAUAGAAAGACUCAAUGGCACGAAUCUAUUGCUAUAAAACAAGUAUCAAAUCUCAUUAUGGAAGAAGGUGUGGAUCGUGUUCUUGCUUGUGAUUUUCAUUAUGGGCAGUCAAUGGGUUAUUUUGAUAUUUCAGUUGACCAUGUUUACUGUCAGCAUGCUAUUCUUGAUUAUCUUGCCAGCAAGUCAAUUUGCUCAAAUGAUUUGGUAAUGUUGUCGCCUGAUGUCGGUGGAGUUGCUAGGGCGAGUGCUUUUGCCAAAAAGUUGUCUGAUGCACCUUUGGCAAUUAAUUAA